AUCAGACAUACAAAUGCGCAUCCACGCGCAUCCGGCCUUUCGUCCCCCUCGACAUCCCAAACUCUCUCAUCGCACCCUUCGUCCAGUAUUGAUUGCUGGAUUCGUCGUCGACUGUGUCGCCUCAGCACUCCUCGCACCCUGACUAGACGUCCUGUGCUCGAAUCCAAAUACACCUGCCCAUCAUGUCUGGAGCUGUUUCCGACCUUGGCCUCAUCGGCCUGGCCGUCAUGGGCCAGAACCUGAUUCUGAACAUGGCUGACAACGGCUUCACCAUCACUGCGUACAACCGAACUGUCUCCAAGGUCGACCACUUCCUCGAGAAUGAGGCCAAGGGCAAGUCCAUUGUGGGCGCUCACGACGACAAGGAGUUUGUUGCCAGCCUCAAGUCUCCUCGCCGUAUCAUGCUCCUCGUCCAGGCCGGCAAGGCUGUUGAUGACUGGAUCGAGAGACUUCUUCCUCUCCUUGAGAAGGGCGACAUCAUCAUUGACGGUGGCAACUCUCACUUCCCCGACUCGAACCGCCGCACCCAGUACCUCCAGACCAAGGGCCUCCGCUUCGUCGGCUCUGGUGUCUCUGGUGGCGAGGAGGGUGCUCGCUAUGGUCCCUCCAUCAUGCCCGGUGGUGACGAGUCUGCCUGGCCUCACAUCAAGGACAUCUUCCAGUCCAUCUCGGCCAAGAGCGACAACGAGCCCUGCUGUGAGUGGGUUGGUGACGAAGGUGCUGGCCACUACGUCAAGAUGGUGCACAACGGUAUCGAGUACGGUGACAUGCAGCUCAUCUGCGAGGCCUACGAUAUCAUGAAGCGCGGUCUCGGCAUGAGCGGCAAGGAGAUUGGUGACGUUUUCGCCAAGUGGAACAAGGGUGUCUUGGACUCGUUCCUCAUCGAGAUUACUCGGGACAUCAUGUACUUCAACGACGACGACGGAACGCCGCUCGUCGAGAAGAUCCUCGACCAGGCUGGUCAGAAGGGCACUGGCAAGUGGACUGCCAUCAACGCUCUUGACCUCGGUAUGCCCGUUACCCUGAUCGCUGAGGCUGUCCUUGCCCGUUGCUUGUCUUCCAUCAAGGCCGAGCGUUCCGAGGCUUCCACCAAGCUCGAGUUCGUCAGCCGCGUGACCAAGUUCGAAGGUGACCGCGAGCAGUUCCUCGAGGACCUUGAGCAGGCUCUCUACGCCUCCAAGAUCAUUUCUUACGCCCAGGGCUUCAUGCUGAUGCAGGAGGCUGCUCGCGAGUACAAGUGGAAGCUCAACAAGCCUUCUAUUGCCCUCAUGUGGAGAGGUGGCUGCAUCAUCCGCUCUGUCUUCCUCAAGGACAUCACCGCGGCCUACCGCAAGAACCCCGAUCUCAAGAACCUUCUGUUCGACGACUUCUUCAACAAGGCCAUCCACAAGGCUCAGCCAGGCUGGAGAGAGGUCAUUGCCAAGACCGCACAGCUUGGCAUUCCCACCCCUGCCUUCUCGACCGCUCUGUCGUGGUUCGAUGGCUACCGCACCAAGGACCUGCCUGCCAACCUGCUGCAGGCUCAGCGCGACUACUUCGGUGCCCACACUUUCCAGAUCAAGCCCGAGUUCGCCAACGACAAGUUCAAGGAGGGCGCGUACACUCACGUCAACUGGACCGGACGUGGUGGUAACGUCUCUGCUUCGACAUACCAGGCUUAGAUUAAUGAAUUGUAAUGAGGAACAUAUUGGGCUGGCUCUCAUGCGUGCUCGCAGCUCUUUAGCUAGAGAUUGAAACAGUCGGCGGCACAACCGAGCCGUGGUUAUAGAACGGAAAUGAAAUGCAAACGCAAUUAUGAUAUCCAA